CACCACAGAAUUCCACUCUUCUUCUUCAAUACUUAUAUCCAAUUCCAAUAAGUCCUAAGUAACACUUUAUAUCUUUAAUUUCUAGCUACUAUGCCUUCAAUAAUAUCAGAAAAACUACUCGACUUGUACUCGAUAAAAGAAUUACCUGAAUCACAUGCAUGGAGAUCGUCAUUAGACGAUCAUCAUUCAUGUGAUGGUUCGCGUAAUAUUAAUGUAGAGUCUAUUCCAGUUAUCGAUCUAAAUGAUGAUAAAUUUGCCAUGGAAAAAAUAGGACAUGCAUGCAAAACAUGGGGCGCAUUCCAAAUCGUAAACCACAAUAUCUCUCAGCGAUUACUCAACGAUAUCGAAGCGUCCGGGACUGGACUAUUUUCCCUUCCGAUGCAGCAAAAAUUAAAAGCCGCUCGUUCGCCCGAUGGCAUCGCUGGUUAUGGGGUGGCUCGAAUUUCUUCUUUUUUCUCUAAGCUCAUGUGGUCAGAAGGGUUCACAAUUUUUGGUUCCCCUCUUGAACACGCCCGCCAACUUUGGCCACAUGAUUACAACAAAUUCUGUGACGUCAUCACGGAAUACGAAAAUGAAAUGGAAAAGCUAGCGGGAAGACUGAUGAGUCUAAUGCUUGGGUCCCUUGGAAUAUCAAAGGAAGAUGUGAAAUGGGCCGUUGGUCCAAGAAGCGGUUGCUCGGCCCUACAACUAAAUUCUUACCCGGCUUGUCCGGAUCCGGAUCGGGCCAUGGGUCUAGCUGCACAUACGGAUUCUACCAUAUUAACCAUCCUUCACCAAAACAAUACAAGUGGUUUACAAGUGUUCAAAGAAGGCAACGGGUGGGUUACCGUUCCUCCACUUGGCGGCGCAUUAGUUAUCAACGUGGGUGAUUUGUUACACAUACUGUCAAACGGGUUGUACCCGAGUGUUCUGCAUCGGGCGGUAGUGAAUCGGACUAGACACCGUCUUUCGGUGGCCUAUUUAUAUGGGCCACCAUCGGGGGUGAAAGUUUCGCCCCUGUCCAAAUUGGUAGACCAAAUGAACCCUCCAAUGUAUAAGCCAGUGACAUGGAGCGAGUAUUUGGGCACUAAGGCAAAACAUUUCGAUAAGGCACUUUCAUCUGUUCGCCUUUGCGCUCAUCGCAUAGGUUUUGCUCAUUCUAAAGAUCAGAGUGGUGUCAAGGUAGGCUAAUAUAGCCAGUAGUAACCUUUUUUCUUUUUUCCUGAAAAUAUAUAUCUACUUGUGUUCCUCUUUUGACCCAUUGGAAGAAUAUUUAUCAAUCUUUAUCUUCGUGAGAAUUUAUAUACCCAAAUAAGGACAGGUGUAG